AUGCCAACCACAACCACAGACCCGGCUUCCGUCGCCGGGCCACCACCACCGCGCCUAGAACAAGAACGAAUCGUCGACAAGCCCAAAGUCGUCGAGUCCGUGCCAGAAGAAGCUCCUACAGAGAGUCAUGAACUCGCCAACGCAGAUCAUGAUCAAAAGGGCGCUGCACAGCUGGAUCAUGGCCAGACCGAAGUGCGCGAUCUGGGAUGGAGUGAGGAUCCUGUCGAUGUGCCGAAACCCCUCGUCGGAGGUUUGUCUAAUGACGAGUUAUGGACCCUAAUAAGACGUUUUAAUAAGCAAAUGUACCACGUUAAACAACUUCCCGAACCACCACUUGGGGGCCUCGAUCUUAAUAUCGCCGAUCAGGAGGAGUUUUCUCCAGAUAAACUACGAGCAAGUAUGGAGCGGUUAUAUAUGACAGUUGUAGUAGGCAUGGUCGGGUUCUACAAACAUGUUGCAAGGAUUCGAUCAUGGCGAGAGCGUAACCGUACUAUUGCCUUCGCAACCGUCUAUUUUACGGCAUGGGCCGUCGACUUUCUCGUUCCGGUCAUCACAGCUUUCAUCAUGCUGUUAAUUGUCUAUUCGCCCGCGAGGGAUUAUUGUUUUCCGCCUGCACCUAUAGCUUUGAUCGACUCUACUACCGGGGGAGUGAAGAAGCCGCCUGCGGGUGUUCUAGGAAGCGACAACAGUCUCACUGGCGCGCCCGAGAAGCAUCCCGGAGAAGCUGUCGAGCAAGAAGCAAGUAACUUUGUCGACGGUUUUGCCUCAAUAGCGAUCAGCAGCGCGGCGGGAAAGCAUCCCCAGGGCGAUCCUCAUCCUGAUGAGGAGGAAAAAAGUAGUCUUGAAAAAGCGGCUCCAGACCCAACUAACGUAGCUAUGAAUGCUGCAGAUGCAAAGGCCAAGAGUGCCGGCGAUCAACCCAAUGCGGCACAUGAUAAAACCAAGGAGCCAGUAUCUGCUGUCAUGUGGUCAAAAGCAAGACCUGUUAUGCACGUACUAUCCGGCAUUGCUGAUGGCUGGGAGCGCUUUGGAAAUGCCCUAUCACCUACUCCACCUUUCCCCAAGGAAAAGCCGCGGAUUAAGCUUGCUUCCGUCCUGUUACCUGUCUUCCUGGCCUCGAUGUUCACCAGCUCAUAUUUGUUUAUGAAGAUAAAUUGGUUCUUCUUCGGAUUCGGUCUCUUUGGCGACCCAGUGAUCUGGCGUGGCUUGUCGUACCUCAAUAGAGAGUUUCCUAACUGGACAAAGCUACUUGAAAUUAAAAACAACGUACUCAAGGGUGUACCUACAAAUGCACAGCUCGCUAUUACUCUACUCCGAAUCGGAGAAGCGAAUAAAGCACCUCUUCCACCGCCGCCAUAUUCUGGUCCUCCGCCACCAGAUGCCGCGCAUAAGACCGCUGGCGAGAACCUCGAGCAUCUAGAUGCGUCAGACGCCGAGGUAGCUGAUGCUAUCCAUCCCGACCCGACCACCUCCACAAAAGCCGACGAGGAUGCUGCAAAACCGAAGAAGAAACAUGGCCACCGCAUCAUCGCUGCCAUGAAGCAAGCCACAAAAGGCGGCGUCCAGACCAUCUUAGGAACCGACCGCCUAAAGGCAGCGGCGGGAGCGGAACCUUCCAAGAAUCGCCUUGGUGUCUUGAGGUCAGGCCCCCCAACCGAUUCUGGGCCGAUCGACUUCCCAUCCAGGUUCCGGGGGAAGAAGGGACAUGCGUAUAUCACAACGACAGCGACAAGUCCUGCCCUAAGCUGGACAACGGAAAAGGAGGAUAUUGAUCCUAUUUGGUCGGUUGCUGUCGCCGAUAUCAAGGAAAUAAAAAAGGUAGGCGGUUUCGGCUGGAAGGCGAAACUUGUCGUGGGAUGGGCAACGUCGCGAGAGAUCGCAGAUGGACUUAUCAUAACUGAUAAAGAUGGGAAUGAGAAGCAUCUCACUGCUAUUGCACUAAGAGACGAGCUGUUUAAUCGCUUGGUUUCAAUGGGUGGUCAAAUGUGGGAGUCUUGGUGA